AGCAGGGAGACAGAGCAGACAGUCGGAGGGAGACGGGAUAGAGCAGCAGCAGCUGGAAGACACACAGGCACAGACACAGACAGGCAGAAAAUCCCGACCCGGACUCUGCAAAGCAUCAUUUCUUUCCGCCGCCGGAUUAAACCCGUCCCCGACACCGAAAUCACGCCAAGACAUGAGCUUCUCCCACUGAACAUUAUUGAUGCUGAACUGAGUGGUCCAGUGCUGUCCUCCAGUGUUUCCCCUCCCCUCAAUUUUCUGUCCCUCUGUCUGUCACCUGGUUCGUGAGCAGCCAUGACAAAGUCCUACGAGUUCAACUGGCAGAAGCACCUGCCUGAGUUCAUGCAGGAAGGCGCCUCCUUCGACAGGUUUGAUGAGGACCCAUACAUCUUUGAGCCCAACUGUCAGAUGACGGUGGACGAGUUUGGCUUUUUCAUCUGCUGGAAGAGUGAGGGAAAGGAAGGCCAGGUUCUCGAGUGUUCCCUCAUCAACAGUAUACGCGUCGGUGCCGUCCCUAAGGACCCAAAGAUCUUGUCAUCAUUCGAAGCCAUGGGGAAGACGGAGGCAGACUUGGAGGGCUGCAUCAUAUGCAUCUGCAGUGGCACAGACCUGGUCAACCUAAACUUCAUGUUCAUGGUGGCGGAGAGCCCCGACACAGCCAGGAAGUGGAUCGAGGGUUUGAGGUCGGUGAUUCACAACUUUAAGGCCAACAAUGUCUGUCCAAUGACCUGCCUCAAGAAACAUUGGAUGAGAAUGUGUUUCCUGACCAACGUAAAUGGGAAGAUUCCUGUGAGAGGCAUUACUCGAACAUUUGCAUCAGGAAAGACAGAGAAGGGGAUCUUUCAGGCUCUAAAGGAUCUCGGCCUUCCUAGUGGAAAGAAUGAUGAGAUUGAACCAACAGAUUUCACCUUUGACAUUUUCUACGCGCUCACACAGAAGAUCUGCCCUCGUACAGACAUAGAAGAACUCUUCAAGAAAAUCAAUGGGAACAAAACUGAUUAUUUAACCGUAGACCAGUUAGUCAGCUUUCUGAAUGAAAACCAGCGUGACCCUAGGUUAAAUGAGAUCCUGUUCCCGUUCUACGAUCCCAAGAGGGCCACACAGAUUAUUGACAAAUACGAGAGAGAUGAAGAGCUGAAGAAAAAAGGUUGCAUGUCCAGCGAUGGCUUCUGCCGGUACCUGAUGUCAGAUGAAAACGCACCAGUUUUCUUGGACCGGCUGGAGUCGUACCAGGAAAUGGACCAGCCACUGGCCCACUACUUCAUUAGCUCCUCCCACAACACUUACCUAACAGGGCGACAGUUUGGAGGGAAGUCCUCAGUAGAGAUGUACCGACAGGUCCUGCUGUCUGGAUGCAGAUGUGUGGAGCUGGACUGCUGGGAUGGGAAAGGAGAGGACCAGGAGCCCAUUAUCACUCAUGGCAAGGCCAUGUGCACAGACAUCCUGUUCAAAGAUGUUAUCCAAGCCAUCAAGGAGACAGCAUUUGUGACCUCAGACUACCCUGUUAUUUUGUCCUUCGAAAACCAUUGCAGUAAACCACAGCAGUACAAGAUGGCAAAGUAUUGUGAGGAGAUCUUUGGUGAGUUCCUCCUCAAACAGCCUCUGGAAAACUACCCGAUUGAAUCGGGACGCCCCUUACCCUCGCCAAACGACCUCAAACGUAAAAUCCUCAUCAAAAACAAACGCUUAAAACCGGAAGUUGAACAAAAACAGCUAGAGGCCUUUAAGAAACACAUGGAGGCAGGAGAGACCAACACUCCUGCCAUCAUCAUGGGAGAGGAGAAUGAAGAGGAGACAGAGAAUGGAGAAAAGGAGGUUGAGGAUAAGGAUUUGAAUUCAGAGGCGCCCAGCAGCCUGUCAGAGGCAACCACUGACAAAGAGGCCAAUAGUGUUUCCCAGAGCAACGCUAUCAGCUCGACAAAAGAGGACGAACUCAGCAACAGUGUCAAGAAGGUGCCUGACGAUGAAGCGACUGAGAUUUCUGAAGCCACAGAAGCAACAGACGCCACAGAUAUCUCCGAAGCUUCUGACCAAGACAACAACAAGAAGGGUGUAGAAGAGGCGGAGGACUCUGAAGAGGCUCUGAUUGCUCAGUACACGUAUGUAGGAGCCACCACUAACAUCCACCCAUGGCUCUCAGCCAUGGUCAACUACGCCCAGCCUGUCAAGUUCUCGGGUUUUGAUGUGGCAGAAGAAAGAAACAUCCACCAUAACAUGUCCUCAUUUAACGAGUCUGUUGGUUUGGGCUAUCUGAAGACCAAUGCUAUCGAGUUUGUCAACUACAACAAGCGUCAGAUGAGCCGUAUCUACCCCAAAGGGGGUCGGGUGGACUCCAGUAAUUACAUGCCUCAGAUCUUCUGGAACGCAGGCUGCCAGAUGGUCUCGCUCAACUUCCAGACCCCAGAUCUGGCCAUGCAGUUGAACCAGGGAAAGUUUGAGUACAACGGCUCCUGCGGGUACCUGCUGAAGCCUGAUUUCAUGCGGCGGUCAGACAGGAUGUUUGACCCUUUCUCAGAGACACCAGUCGAUGGGGUCAUUGCUGCAACGUGCAGCGUACAGGUAUUUUCUGGACAGUUCUUGUCGGACAAGAAAAUCGGCACGUACGUUGAGGUCGACAUGUAUGGCCUGCCAACAGACACCAUUCGGAAGGAGUUCCGCACACGUAUGGUGAUGAACAACGGACUGAACCCAGCCUACAACGAGGAGCCCUUCGUCUUCAGGAAGGUGAUCUUACCAGAUCUGGCAGUACUGCGCAUCGCCGUCUACGACGACAACAACAAGCUGAUUGGUCAGCGCAUCCUGCCUCUGGACGGCCUGCAGGCUGGCUACCGUCACAUCUCGCUGAGGAAUGAGGGCAACAAGCCCCUGUCGUUACCCACCAUCUUCUGCCAAAUCAUCCUCAAGACCUACGUGCCCGACGGCUUCGGAGCAAUUGUGGAUGCACUAUCUGAUCCAAAGAAGUUCUUGACCAUAGCAGAAAAAAGAGCUGACCAGAUGAAGGCCCUGGGGAUUGACACGAAUGACAUAGCAGACGUUCCCAGUGGAAGCUCAAAGAACGACAAGAAGGGAAAGGGGAAAGGAGACACAGUGAAGGCCAACGUGACACCACAGGCCAGCUCCGACAUGGCCCAGACCUCCAACUCCGCUCAAAAUAAUACAGCAGAAACCAAGAAAGAUACUGCACUUGUGCCUAAUGUCAGCAUUGAUGACUUAAAACAAAUGAAGACGUACCUUAAACUGAUUAAAAAGCAACAGAAGGAGCUCAACACCUUAAAGAAGAAACACUCAAAGGAUCAAAAUACAAUGCAGAAAGCUCACUGCAGCCAGGUGGACAAGAUGGUGUCUCAGCACGACAAGGAGAAGACAACCCUGGAUAAACUACUAGAGAAAGCCAUCAAAAAACGAGGGGAAAACAACUGCCAAGAGCUGAAGAAGGAGACCGAGGAUAAGAUCCAAACACUGGACGCAGAUCACAAAGUCAAGGUAAAGGACAUCACAGCACAGCACACUAAAGAGUGGUCCGAGCUGAUCAGUAGUCACAGCAGCGAGGAGCAGGAGAUGAAGGACAGCCACGUCACGCAGCAGUGCGAACACCUCAAGAAACUCCUGGCCACUGUCCAGGAGCAGCAGACCAUGCAGCUCAAACUCAUCCAUGAGCGGCAGAGCAAAGAGAUGCGUGCCAACCAGGCCAAGAUGUCCAUGGAAAACAGUAAAGCCAUCAGCCAGGACAAGUCCAUAAAAAACAAGGCAGAAAGAGAGAGGAGAGUCCGAGAGUUAAACAGCAGCAACACCAAGAAGUUCCUGGACGAGAGGAAGAGGCUGGCCAUGAAGCAUCAGAAGGAGAUGGAACAGCUAGAGAAAAACCAGAGAGAACAGGUGGAGAAACUGGAGAAGUUCAAUGAGCAGCUUUUGAAAUCACACCAUGCAAACAAACAGGUUCAAGGCCAAGGACAUGCAGCAGAUGGUGAAGUUGGAGGAGGAGAUGGACCGCAGACCUGCCACGGUGGUGUGAGCGACUGAGACUGAGACACAAGCACACACACACACACACACACACGUACGCUCACACACACACACACACACGCAGGUGCAGAAAUACUCCACCGCAGAUAGCCCUCUACAACCCGGAGUCAUUAACCCCUCCUACAUCCAUGUCUUUGUACUUUUCCGUCAUGUUCACAAACAAACACGCAGUAGCCCCCCACCACUCAGUUUUUGCACCCUUAUCCCACCCACUAACUUUAUAUACCACUGAGCCAUUGGUGCUUAUCACUGUUUGACGGGGGGAUAACCACUAAUCAUGAGAGGGAAUGUUACCACAGAGAUAAAGCAGCGUAGAAUCAGAAGGAUCCCCUCCUCCACUGUAUGUAGAGAUAAGUUUUCUAUCAUUUUCAAUGUUUUCUGCAUCCUAUGGGCAACACAAGCUGCAGCUACUGGUGGAAACACACACACACAACACGCACAAAAACACUCACGAGAAGUGAAUAUCCUUUCCCGUUUUGACUUUUUUCUUCUCUUUAAAAAAAAUGUUAAAAAAUCGGUACCCGAUUCACUGCUCCAGAAACAGCGUGGAAGAGAGGAGAAGAACAUGUAUAAGAGUUAAUGUAAUUUCAGCACAAAUGAAUAAACUUUGUGAAAUACACUGUACGCUACACACCAGUCCUGUCCUGAGCACUUUGUAUGUGAUAGGCCAUCAUAACAAUGUGGAAAAUGUAGCAGUGCACUACUGUAGGUUCUCUGUAUUUCAGUAAGAAUGUAUUAAAAAAUUAAAAGAUCACUGUAUGAAGGAGUGGCAACCCCCCUAUGUCACCUUAUCUACAAUGCAAGUUGUGUGACUUCACAAAAGAUGUAUAACUAACGUUUUUGUUCUUCAACAAUGUUACAGCCGACUAUAAAAGGCUUAUUAUCUUGCUGAGUCAGAAGAUUAUAAAGGGAUUGUGAUGGAUAGAUGUUCACUUUGAUUAUGGCUGUCAAAUUGUGUGUUAAUGCCCAGAAAAUACCCAAGAGAUUGUGUAACUGCUGUGCUAAACUUUUACUUGAAAAUAACAUGCGAUAGUCAUUUUUUACAAUUGUGCGCAAUCGUCACAAGUUUACACCUGCAAAACUCAACAUUUUAUACUCCUAAUUUUGGGCUAAAAAUCAUGUAUACUAUGCAAAAAACAAAAAAACGCAUGAUUCCCUCAAAGUUUAAGGUGUAUACAGAAAUCAAUCAGGACAGAUAAUAAAAAAUACAGUAAUAGUAACCAACAUGUGGUAGCUGCUUUUGUAGCCUUUAACAUAGUGAUAAAAUGAUUGGAUCACUACAAACCAAGGCAACAACAUGAGUAAUUACAACACCUAACUUGAAAUAUGAUGAUACAUAAUGAAGGGGACAUCUACCAGUAAGCUAAAGGUUCAUCUGGGUUUUUUGCAUUAAGGAGUUUUGCACUUGAAACUCUUGUGAAAUUGUGCCAAAUCUGUACGACACUGUUAACAAAAUGAAUCCACUGUUGGCAGCACAUCGGUUCUGCUGUAAUACAUUGUGUUAAUUGACCAGCCCAUCACUAUCAGACAAGAACUGUGGCAGACAGAAGUGGAAGCCGCCCUGUCUAGUCAGUAUAUUAAAGUGUUGUUGAAGUGAAGUGCUCCUUUAAUAGCUUCUUGACUGCACGUUAGCAAACUCAGCUACUAAUCCUCAUUGUUUUCCCGCUCCCCUUCGGUCAGAGGAUAUCAGACUGAAUAAUUACAACAGAUUUGUAAUAAAGCCUGUGACAUCGCAACAACACACUUUCCACACCGGGGACUUCAGACAAGGCCUGUACCCCUCUGUGUCCCACACAGGUUCCCUCUUACUCUCUAAUGGGAGGACAGACAGCUUAAAGGAAGCACUAUUGUCCACAGCCCUGCUGACACUGCUGGACAAAAAGCCACUGCAGAGAAAGAAAUGUGACCUGCAGUAUUAUCAUAAAGUAAUCCUGUGGGUACUGUAGUAUUUGUGCACAUAUGAUCAUGCCAGGCAUUUACAUUGCAUGGCAUAACACUAACAAAGAUCGACCGAAAGUCAAAAUAAUUACAUGAAAACACAUUAAAAACAUGGGGAUAAAAGCACCUCGAGGUAUUUUGGCCUUUUUAAAGAUUUUCUUUUUCUGUAUUAUUCUGCUGUAACACACGUAGGGUAGACGGGAUGUUCUUGUAUAUACUGGAAUGUAUGUAGUUUAAUUUACUUUUUUGACCAAUUGUGUUCUGUCAUACAAGGGCUCAGGGGAUAGAUUGGGAUUGUUGGAUGUUGGGGAAAGACAUUUAUCAACCACUGGGUUUUGUUGUUUGUUCUUUUCGUCUCUUGUUUUCCAGUCUGCCCUUUCUGCACCACACAACACAGUAUAAAGCUCUCACCACAUAUCUAGUGCAGAGAUAAACGAGUAAAAAGUGCUUUUAAAUUUUAUUCCAUCGCUUUCAAAUGUGCCACUCAGUGUCUGUUAGGAUGGUAAAAUUAUUUUAUGAAUGAUAAAAUGCCAAAUUAAGGGGUUAUUUAUAUGAAGAUAUCUAUAUAAAUAAAUGAAUAUAUAUAUAUUAUAUAUUAGAUAUAAUGUGUAGUUUAAGAUUAUUAUGUUUGUUAGAGGCUUUUUUGCACUAGUUGAAUGUUUCUGUUGUGUGAUUACAUGUAACCUUUGGCUCUCUAGUUUGUCGAAAAAGCCGAUUAUUUUUGCAGAGCAAGUCACCGAUUUUAUUUCCUCAGUUUCUACUGUAUCUCCUAUUUGUUUUCUAUUUGAACUGUAGCUUGUCAACAAACCAUUCUGUGCGUGUUUUUGUAUUUAUAUUGUAUUGUUGAACUUAAAGCAAUGAAAUACCGUUGUUAUCCAGCUCCUUUAAUACUGUUUUAUAGUAUGUGUACCAAUAAAUCCAGGUGUAAAAUGGGACAUAA